AUGGCAGCGAAAAAAGGGAGUAAAAAAAAUGCCACCAAAAAUACAGGAAAGAAAAAUAAUAAGGGACAAGAAAAUGAAGAGGGUGGUGAAACUGAUAAUAAUGAAAUAUCAAGUAACCAAAAUCAAAAUAACAUUUUAUUAAUUGGUGAUGAUAAUUUAUCUUUUUGUCAGUUUGUUACUGAUGCAUAUCCGGAUUCUAAUCUGUAUAUUGCAAGUACACUUACUGAGCUUGAAAUUAAUUAUAUGUUGAGAGAUUUAGAAAUAAAAAAACAAAUGAGAGAAAAAAAUGAACAGUUAGAAGAAUCAAACGAAAAUUCAGGAACAGACUUAGAUACAGAAAUAGUAGACAAACAAAAAACUGAUCCUUUUUACUAUACUAAAAAAUUUAAAGAAAAAUAUCCAAAUAAUAAUGUUUAUAUUAUUUUUAAUACAAACUUAUUUUCUCUACGAUCAUAUUUUCCUACUAACUUUUUUCACACCAUAUUUUUGAUCUUGCCUGGAAUUUGCUACAACAUAAAGGAGAAGGGACUUAGGUAUAGCGACCAACUGACAACCCUCCGAUUAUAUUAUUUUAUAAUUUUAACGAUAGUAGAAAUUAUAAAUGUGUCUAUAAAAAAUGUACAAGUUCAUAUAUUUUGGACAACAGAGAAACUUAAAAGUUUAGUUGAAAAUAAUAAUAUUGUAAAAUCUGAAACAAAUAAAGAAGAUGACGAAAAAACUGAUAUAACAGCUACUUUAACGUCCCUUAAAAAUUUAGUUUGCAAUCCAGAUGAUGAAAUAGAUGAUCCUGAAAAUGCAAAUCAAAUUUCAGAAGAAAAGGAGCAAACACAGUCAGACAAAGAUGGGGAUAAUUCUGAAAAGGGUUCUGAAGAUGUUGGCGAUGCAGAAAAUGAUCAUCAAAACGAAGAGGAGGAAGAAGCAGAUGUAGAUCCAAUUGAAAACGAAGAAGAUGUAAACGAGGAAGAAGAUGUGCAUGAUACUGAGGUAGAUGCAAAUGACGGUGAAGUGGAUAUAAAACUGUCAAACGACCCCAACAUCUGCUUGGAUCAGGAUAAUGUAGAUACAGAAAAUGAUCAAGAAGAGCAGCUAGCCAAUGAAGAAGAACAGACAGAAAAAGAGGAAGAAAUUGUUGAGUCUGAUUGGGUUGAUGAAUCAGAUGAAACAGAAAAAUUUGAUGGUGAAGAUAAAGAUGAACUUCUCGAUAUAUUCAAUUUGAAAAAUGAUAUUAUUACAAAAACUAUUUCAGAAUUAAAUGAAAUGGAACAAAGUGAAAAUGAUCAAAUAAUUUAUUUUGUUGAAAAUAAAAUUAAAGAAGAUAUCGUGAUGGCAAAUAUGUGGGGAUUCCCUCUUCUAUAUGAGGUGGACUUGAACAGACUCAUGCGGUUCUUUAAUUUUGAAUCGGGUGAAAGGGAAGAAGUAGAUGCUGGCGAAGAAAAAGCAGAAGUAGAUGGGGGUGAAGAAAAGAUGGAGGUAGAUCUGAAAAUAAAUGCUGAUUCAGAAGAGAUAAGCAGCAAAUUUGUGCCCAUCAUAUAUGGAAAACAUUUUAGCUAUAAUAAAUUUUUGACAAGGUGUAAAUUUUAUUCAUUUAUUUUAAAUAAAUCAAAAAAAAUAUUAAUACCAGAAGAAUUAGCUAUUAUAAUGCAAAAUAAUAUAACAGGUAAAAAUUAUAAUAUAGAAACUUAUAAACAUUUUAAAAAAAUGUAUUAUUCAAAUUUUAAAGAAGAAGUACAAACAUAUAAAACAAUAAAAGAACAAGCACAUCAUAUUGCAAACAUUCGAUAUAAAUUAUAUUUACAUAGAAAUCAAAAUAAUAAUAUGACAAAACAAUAUAUGCCUUUUCACAUUUUUCAAACUAAUUUAAAUAUGGAAAUAAAACAUAAAAUAGUUUUAGAUGAAUUAUGGAAAAAAGUUUUUACACCCAUACAUUUUGUUCGUGCCAAUGAAGAUAUAAAUAAAUAUUUUGAAUUUUUCAUUUUUUCAAAAUUUCCAUUAAAUAGAACAAUCCAUAAAAUAAAUAAAUUAUAUCUUAAAUUUAAUAUUAACAGAAGAAUGCAUAAUGAUAAUACAAAAUAUGGUCAUACACAAAAUUAUAAAAAUAAUAAUCAUUACCUCGGUAGUGACAAUAAAAAUAAACCUCCUUUACUUCCAACACCAGGAAGGGACAUGUAUAAAAAUUCAAUCUAUGAUCAAUCUAAAUAUAAUAUGCAUAGUGGUUUUAAAAAAAUGAAUAAUAUUUAUAAAAAUACAUCAUCUUAUAAUAAUAAUAAUAAUACAACUGGUAUGUAUAAUAAAAUGUACAGACAUGAUAAUAAAUCUCGAAAUAUUUCAAAUAAUUAUGAGCAUAAAAGAGACAUUAAAAAUAGGAGUUAUGGUCGUUCAGGUGAAAAUAAUAGCCAUAGAUCGAUGAGACCAAAUAAUACAAACUCUCAAAAUAAUAAUAAUAAUUUUGGCAACUAUAAUAGAGGUAAUCAUGACAAUGGGUCAUACAAUAAUAUUAUGAACAAGUCAUAUAAUAAUAAUCGUGGAACUAGCCAUAAUCAUGGUCAUAAUAUGAUGAGCUAUAAUAAUAAUAAAACAUCUCGAAAUAGUAUGCACAAGUCAGGUGAUAUUAGAAGAGAUUUAAAAAGUAUUGAUGGACGAAGUGAUACAAGAGGAGGAGGUGGAAGAAGUCAAGCAAGAAGUGAUUUUUAUAAUAACCAUAGAUAUGAUAAUAAAAAUAUAAAAAGAAGAAGAGAUAAUUCAUUUGAUAAUAGACAAGAUGAAGAAAAUGAUAAUUAUUCAAAUAGAAGGUUUGAUAAAAAAAUAAGAAAUAAUGAUUAUGAUAUGAAAUCUCAAAUGAAUGAUGGAAAAAAUCAAAAAAAAUAUUCUAGAAAUAAUACAGAAAUGCAAGAUCCUUAUGCAUCUACAAAAGAUUCAAAUAAUGGGAAAAAUUAUGAAAAAAAAAAUUGGAAAUUUCCACCACCACCACCCAAUAUUCCUCCUUUAUAUGAUGGACAAUCACAAAAAAGAAACAACAGUUUUUAUCAUGGGAAUGAUGAUUAUUAG